UUCUAAAAGUGAAUUACUUACAUGAUUUUAAUGAAACUAUAUCUUCAAACAGAGUGCAAGAAUAGUUUAAAAUAUGACGCACUAUGCACCGGACGAAUAUUUUCAUAAUAACAAAAACGAUGCCUUAUUCACCGAUAGCCGACCAAUCAAUAAAAGACCUAUUUAUAAUUAUGUUGACACUGACGAUGCAAAAAGGGUUGCUGAGGAUUCCUUCGAAAAUAAUGAAUAUAACAUUACUAGCACAUCUGGCGACUACGAUAUAUCUGGUGUGGAAUGGUGUGUUAGUGUUAGCAGUGCGACGACGACGUUUGCGGAUAAAAGAAGCUUUAACCAAAAUUAUGUCCACGAUUAUAUGGAAGACUAUGGACAUAUUGUCGACACAGGCAUAAUGACUAACGAUGGUAAUGAUACGGGGCGUGAGAUUGAAGAUGGAGAUGGUGAUUAUUGGAACGAGAACGGUACAGCGUCAAAUGAAUAUGAAUGCGCGUAUUCGGACUAUAGAUAUGCGCCCGUCUCUGGAUCAGCUUCCGUGCCAACUAAGAUACUGCCAUCCGUGCCGAUGAUGAACAGCAGUUGCAGCACUUUGCCUAGACAAGAUUUCAUAUCAGAAACUGGAGAUGAUUCGGCUUGUGGCGUAAGGAAUGUACAUGACGCUGAAGAUUUGAUUGCUACUGCAACUGGUAAAUGCAUAGCUGGGACCAGCAACUAUGAUAUAUUGGGCCAGAUAUCACGGCCUUACACCUCAAUGUUGCCGCUAGAUUAUAAUGAAUACUCUGAGUUCGGAUGCAACGCCGACAAUAUGUCAACCUACAGUGACACCCCCCCAAUGAGCAACGCGCAGCACAAACUCCAGCAGCAGCGAAAAAUAUCACUGAUGAUGGCAAUGACAACUGCAUCUGUGAUAGCAUCUGGGGAAACUAGGGUGCCAGUGUCGACUCAGCAACAGCAGAACAGCAAGCUUACCCAAAAGUGCUCCAAUUAUUCGAUAACACCCACACCUGCCUUUACCAACGCCAAUGCCACUGCGAUAGCUUCCGAUAGGUGGUUUAAGUCAGAGUUAACACCAACAACAAUAUUGAGCGAUACAACCACAAAACCACUGACCUCAACCACAACUAGAAAAUUGCCAAAUUUUCUUUCGUCACAAACACAGUACAAGUCGCCGCUAUUAUCAACAACUGUUGUUCCCGCAAUUGAAUCCAUUACUACUUCCACCUUGCCACAAUCAUUUAACAGAAUCGAUAAUGAAUCAACCCUACAACAUAAACCAAUUCACCCGUUUGAAAAAGCCUCUCGCUCCAAGCAGCUGCCAAAAUUGCCCAUACAAAAAGUAAAAAAUAAUUUUAAUUGUAAUUCAAAUUUGAAUGUAAGUCUAAGUUCAACAAGUUCUACUAGUUCAAAUUUAGGAGCACAUUCCAAUAGGCCAGCAUUAGUAGAACCCGUAUCAUUGCCAACUGUAUUUUCCCCGGAUAACAUAGCUACUGUUGAUUGUUCUUCAAAUUUAAUUGCGUCGAGCUCAAUUAAGACGUUUCGUGAUGAUGCAAACAAUCUAUGCCAAGUAGAACAAAAAAAAUCAAGCAUUGUAAACUCAGAUGUGAAUAUUGAUAAUAAAUUGAGCGACUUUACUCAUGUCAGUCUCCAUGAUCGAUCACCUAUAGGCAUUCAACCAGAAUCGACAAUAUCAAUGCAAAGCACUGUCAUAUCACCCAAUUAUGGAUCAAGCAAACUUGAUGUAACGCAAGACUUUUCGCUUAAGUCGACGCACACAUUCAGAGACCUUUCGCUGGAUACAAAUAUAAAUGCUACAAAUAUAAUCACAAAUACAACAAAUACUACAAAUAAUGAUAUUGAAUCAUCAUCAUUUAGCAUAUCAGAUUACCUAAAGCCUCUCAUUUUCCAAAUUCAAAUUCAAUAUUAA